GUAGAAAGGGCAUUCCUUCAUCCCGAAACACAUAUGCCAUAGGAUUUGUGUUAGUAUCGUUCCCCAUUUGUAUCGAAUAACACGGUUUUUAAAAGUGAAGUGACUCGUGGUCUACCUCAUUAUGAACAUAAUCUUGUGUUUAGUUGGAGUAAUAAGUAUUAUCGAAGGAGUUGUACUCGAUCCAGCUCUAUACUUGUCCCCUAGUCCGCCGCUCACUACCACUCACAACAACAAAGCCGAGGAGAUAUGGUCACAAACUGUUCAAUCAAAAAUCCAAGAGGCGAAGAAAACGACGUCGUCCAUCGAAGAGAAUACAGACAAAACUUCAACGGAACCAUCUGAAGCUAUGGAACCGGCCGAGACAUUUUGGCGUAGCUAUCGUCCGACAAGUCUAAAAGGAAUCCAUAUACCCUUAACGUUUCAUCUCACUGGGGCUUAUGGGGGAAACUCUGGCACCGGAGUACUUACUAGUGGAUAUAUGAGCUUAGCUGACAGUAACGGGAACCGUGGAAACGCAGGUCUAGCUGGCAGUGGUUACAGAAGCUAUGGAACUCGCCCUGGGGUAAGGGUUUAUGGCAAUGAUGCAAAACCAGCAUGGGGCGGAUGGGGUAAUGGAAAAUGGGGGCAUUAUGGUAAAGGAUAAAAAUAACCCAUUCUAUGAGAUUUUAGCUUUGAAGUUGUGUAGUACUUCAAGGCGUAGGUACUGACAUCAGGUUUGCCAAUUUUAACCCUUUCAUCGAUAAUGUUAACAGUUACAAAUUAGGUACUCAUAGGUGCUUAAGUGUAUGUAUAAUCUGUAUUAGCACCCUAGCAAUGUUUGUUUUAUUUUUUAUUUUAUUUAUUUAUUUGCUUCACCAGUGAUUGUUACAGCAUUUAUACAAUUACAAUAUAAAAAAAAACACAAACACAAGGCUCUGCACAAUCAAAUAAAGGUAGAUACGGCAUGCUAUACAUGUUUGUAAUAUAAGUUCUACUACUUUUUUUUUCAAUAAAAAUUUAAAAUUGCUUGCAGAAAAAGCUUGCUUGAAGAAAAUAGAAUAUAUAAUAUCUCCAUCAGCAUUUUAUUCCUCAUCCAUGCAUUUUCAUUCAAUUCUAACGAUUUAUCUCAAGAAUCUGAUGUUUUUCAUAGACUUAGUAGUACUGAAGUUUCUAUUAUUGUUAGGUUAUAUUAUGCUUUUCUCUCCGAAUAUGCAAAAUGACUGAAAAAAAAAGUUAAUCUUGCAUAUUAUUUUCAAAUAUAAUUCAAUAGAGUUUUGAAUUGAAACAUUUCUACUUGAUCAUGGUAACUACAUGCAUUUUUUAUAGUGAUACUUACCUAAUUAUAAUGUGCCUAUAUCUAUUCGUACUUGAAAAUUAGGUACGUUUAUUAUUUUUUAUAUUUUCAUUUAUUAGUUCAUAUUAUAAUAAUUAUUAAGUGUUUAUAUAUCCACCCGUACUCCAAAAUUACGUUUAGUAACUAUGCUGUAUAUUUUUAAUAAAGACUAGUGGGAAGCGUGUA